AUGGUUUCUACAAGAUCAACUCCUACAAAAGAGAAGAAGGAUUUUGUUGUUCCUGUAAAAAUGAAGCGGAAAUUAGUAAAAAAAGCUGAAAAAGAUGUUGAAGGAAGUGGUGUUGCUUCUGCCUCUGAGAAUGUCAAAGUAAAGGGAAAAAAGGUGGAUGAAACUGGUUUGAAAAAAAGGCGUUUGGCUUUUGAUGCUGUACCUGAUCAUCAGAAAGUUCAGAAAUCCUUGCAUAUUGAAGAACCAACUCGUUUGGUUCAGAUAUGUGUUUUUUUAGGCUCUAAGAUUUGUGUUUUUCAUUUUAAUUCUUUUCAGUUGAUUGUUAAAUAUGACCUGCCAGAACAACAGUUCAAUGAUUGUGGAGUUUUUGCAUUCUCUUUUGCUGAAUAUAUUGUGCAUGGGAGAGAGCAAGAGCUUACAAAAGAAUUUGAUGUGAAUUCCCAUCGAAAGCGUUUGGCUUUUUGUCUUUAUAAGUAUGGAAAAUGGAAGAAUAUGUUUCAUGUUGUCAGUGAAUCAGAGAGUUAUCAGGACAAGGACCAAAAGGAUGGGAAUGUGAAAGCAAAAAGAUACAAGAUUCGAGCUGGAAAACUGAAACUGUAGUUGUUAUUUUGAAUGAACAAUGUUUUUUUAUGCUUUUUGUGUGUUUUAUUUUUUAGGUUUGUUUGAACACUGUUUUUUGUUUGAAUUA